AAAAAGAGAGGUGAAGUACUGCAGUAUAAAGCUUAGAAAAAGAGCACAACAGAUGUGAUCUGUAUGUAGAGAAUGUCUUUUACCCCUGUGAAUCUGAACAUGAUGGGAGGACUUGGCAAAGGAACUGUAGAUAAACUGCUGCUUGAGGAAGUCAGGUGUAUCAGAAGUAUAUGAGGGUAGGUCAGGAGUUCAUCUGCUCUAAGCCCCUCAUUAUUUGUAAUAGUGGCUGGCAGGUUGACAGAUGAGCUCAGGCAAGGCCCCCAUGGGUAGAAUGAAAAGAAGUAGAAUUAAUUGUAUUAGUAGGACAAUUACGUUUUUUUUAGAAACACGGUUGGAGAGGAUGGACUAACAUGAUGUGAACAUGAGCAACAUACUGAACAAAUAGUACUGAAUAAGAAACUGCUAGGUUGGGAGAAAAGACCAAAGAGAACAUUCUUAGAUGUAAUGAGGGACAUGCAUGCAGAGGAGGAUGCUGGGGAUAUUAUCCCAGUCAACAUUAUCAUAUGAUGCCCAUAUAGGUAGAAAAUGUGCUAAAAAUGGGUUCCCAAAUGGGAUUGUCUGGAGUAUGUAAUAGCCCCAAGUUAGUUAAUGGUUUUUAUGCAGGAAAACUGCAUAAAACCGGGACCCAAAUGGAUACUAGAUCCACUGUCCAAGUUAAAUUAAUUUUGUCAAUACUCAAUUUAAAAUCCAGGUAAAAUCUUCCUAGGGUGCCGACUGAUUUAGUUAACAUGGUUUGUACUAGUCAACCCUAGUAGAUUCCAUAUAAGAAACUCAAUGUGGCUCCAGGCCAAGUUAGGACCCACUCGGCUUGAGUAAGAUACGAGGGAGUGUGAUGAAUCCAGAUGAUCCUAUGUGGCGUCUCAAAAAGGAUUAGCCUGAAGAAGAAGGGCACACACUCAUCACCCUUCACACUUAUUGCUACCCCUGGUAAAGAUGUCUACAGCUAACUUAAAAUAAAUUGUUUUAUAGCAACUUGACCCCAAGAUGCCAGACUUUGCCGAAUGUCUCAACAUGUGUGCCUUGGAAAUCUUUUGAUUUUCUUUCCUUAGUUCCAGUUGUUUUAAACCUGAUUAGUAUUGCACUGAUUGUUGAUAUGGACAUGUUUCAUAAGUAGCUAUUUUAUCCUUAUUCUAUAUUUCCAUGCUGAAUAAUUAUACUCAAAAUAAACGUUUGAUUUUUAAACGUUUUCAAUUAGAAAUUUUCCUAAUGAAAUAUAAUUAAGUACAUUUUAAUUUGUGCAACAAAAAAGUUGGAUGCUCUUAUUUUAGAAAUUCUUCCACUACCGGAUGUAUUUUUGAUCAACAUCCAGGUCACUGUUGGAAAAAUUGGCGGUUUGUGUUCGUGCUGCUGUCCUUUUCCUGCUUCUGUCCGAUAAAUAUCGAAACAAACGGCUCUUUAGACGUCACUUUAUUAAGUGGUUAUGACUCUUACAGGGCACAACUCUGUUGUUUUCCGGCUUUUAUUGUCUUUUUGAUGGUGGUGUUAAAUGUUUUCACCGCACUUCCAGCAGCUACCGUGGGAGUAAACGUUUAAGUCAUAGCUAGCUAGCAGGGAAGCUAGCCCCUCAGCUCGCUGGUGCUUACAGAAGAAGACAAAACGGAGAGUCUUCCAGCUCUUGAGUUAUGGCGAACCCGACUCUGAUGCAGAAGAAGAACGGACAGUAUCUGUGGUUUGCUCUCCUCGGUCAGGGCUUCCAACCGGAAGCUGCGGCUGCUUCACUAGCAGGCAAAACCAACAUCAAACAUCUCAGCCUUGGACCGAAUAUGUUCGACAAACCAAACAAAGACGCCUUCUACUUGGUAACCCACUUCCUGUUGGAGAAACUCAAUCCUGGUCGCUUUCAUGAAGCAUACAGGCACUGCUGGCCGGUUUUGGACCACAAAGCAGAUGCUGAGUUCCGCAAGGUUACCUGUACCUGGCUGCGGGAAAUCAUGGAUGAAACCGCCAAUGCUGGAUCUAAAGUGGUGAUGUCAUUGUUCCUGUCCCCCGGUGGUCCCAAGUUCAUCGGCUUGAUGCUUCAUUUAGCCAGCCAUGUGAUGUUGCAGGACAUGAAAACAUUCACCACAGAUAGGAGUUGGGUUCCGGAGGCUGCAGCCACGCCUGCAUCCACCUCGGAUAUGGCAGUGGUAAGGCUAAAUCUCGCCCGUAGCAGGUUCUUGAAAGCUGCAGUGGAUCAGGACCGUUUUCUCCAUGACUACCAAAGACGAGCUCAGGCUCUGGUUAAGUCCAUGAGAGACAUCAAAGCGGAUGGUGCCAAGUACGAUCAGCUCCUCAAGCGUCACGUUUCUGAAGCUGAUCAGGAUGCAGAUUCUCUCUCUGAGAAGAUCAGGAAGGUGCGUACUUUGUGGUCAGCCAUUGAAGGAAUGCUAUCUGCUAUCAAGGAGGAGCAAACUGCAGUGGAAAGUGUCUUAAAAGGGGAAGUAGAUCAGCACAUCCUGGAUGGGACAAAUCGCGUCCUCAAACUUCCUCGUUGUCUACUGGACAGAAUCGAGCAUCUUCCACAUCAGUUAAAUUCAGGGAACGUGUAUGAGGCUGGCCAGCUGAACCUCCUCUGUGUGAUGGAGUUGUUGACUCAUGCGCUGCAGCUUCUGAAAGAGGAACGUUGUCAGGUCUCUGCUGCCCCCAAGUCCCAGCCUGGUGCUCAGCACCUUCAGGAAAAGUGCCACCAGAUGUCCCGGGUGCUGCAGGAGCUCCACCUCGUCAGGCAGAAACUUUCCAAGGAGGAAAUUCCAGAAGUCAGGAGAGCCAUCAGAGAGCUUCAGGCGGACUGGGACCGGAGGUGGAUGCAUACUCUGAAAGAAAAGCCCCUUGUGUCCUUCCUGAAUGAAGAUCCUGCUCUUGGUUUCCUCUCACCAAUGGCUCCACUGUCUUUCGAACCGGCUCCUGAAGCUACAUACAGGCAUAGUAUCUUUGCUCAGUUUCCUGCAAAACUCCUUGAAGAAAAGCCUGCAGAGAUGGAGUCAGCAGAAAGUGUGAACACACGUCUUCAUAUCAGAAGUUGUCCUACGGUGUCCAGCACAACUGAACAUCCUGUUGUCCCUGAAGUAUCAAGAGCAAAUACAUCUCUGGACUGGCUUUUUGACACGCUGCCAUCCCCUCCUCGGAAGGCCACAGCUGAACCACCACUUCAGGCCAGCGUUCGCAAGACAGCCCAUCAGAAGACGGCUCCACUGAAGACAGAAACGGAGAUUUUAGAUUUGGAAUAUGAAAACCUUGCUGAUCAGUUUGCAGACGCUAUAACUGCGACUGGUCCUUCUGAGAUCCGAGGGAAAGGUCUGGAUCUGCAGGGUCUUCUCGGCACCCUUCAGAAGGAUCCCUUCUCUGCUAGAAAGCAGCUGCCUCGUACACCUGAGAGCUUGAUAAUGGAUGUGAAAAGCUCCUGGAGAAAGGCCGUCCAAGAGGAUGAAGCCAAAGAAAGGUGCCUGUCAACUGAGUUGAACGACAGCAUAACUGGGCGACUCUGCCCUGACAAUCAGCUGCAAAAUAUCAGCCCUGAUGCUCCCUCCCAGACUGCAUCCCACACGCCUGCCCCCACUCUCACGGCUCAGAACAGCUCCUCUGUCUGCCAACAGCGAGUCUUCCUCAAGUCUUCUCUUUUAUGGGAUACCUUCAACACUGAGGCCCAUGACAACCCCAGUGGCAUGAGCGCCCUUCAGUUUAGCCUAGACCACGAAACCCUGCCUGAAAUGCCGAGCUGCGACAGUUUGAACCUCGAGGACGAAGCUGUAGAUAUGACAAGCGAGGAAGAGGAAGAGGUGCUCAUCCCCUCCUUAAAGGCCAAGUUAAAGCAGACCCUACUGACCUCACCUCAUCGAGGGAGCAACAAAGUCCCCCUGAUGGAAAGCGUCGGGACAGCUGAAGGUUUGUCAGGCUACAGGGACUCUAGUAUGGAGAAAAGCUGGUUGCUUGAACCUGCAACAUCAGAAGAGAAUACCAAGGCGUUUUCACUGGAUCUGGAUUCACUGGAUUCACCUCCAAAGAACCAAGAGUACAGCCUGCCGACACUGAUCACCUUCUCCCCUAUAUAGAUGACAUGAAAUGUUAGCUGCAUUGAAGGGAAUCUUUCUUUUUUAUUUUUUUUAUUUUGGAGUCUAAUUUGUGUUGUGCUUAAAAUAUGUAACAAAUGUAUAUAACUGUGGAAAAUAAACCACAUCUGUUGCACUCUGGGUUAGUUCUGAUUUAGAUUUAUGUGAAUAAUCCAUAAACUGGUUUAUUAAAAUAAAGAUUGUCACUGUUUAUAAAUUUUAACUUGUCUAAUCCUGUGUAGCUCACUAUGGAGGUAAACUUGAAUAAAGUAAGCUUUGCAAAGCAAAA